AUGAACCCCGGUCACGAUUCGACCACGGUAGCUCUUCGCGCAGACGACUCGGACGAGGAUGUUGCAACCCUCUUGCCCGGAGAGACUGUGUCCGACGACACUUCCAAGUCAGAGUACAAGAAGCUCAUGAUCAAGCUCGGAGUGUCGUUCUUCUUGUUUGGUUUGAUCAACAAUGUGCUCUAUGUGAUCAUCCUCUCCGCUGCCUUGGAUUUGGUUCCACCCUCCACUCCUAAAGGCAUCAUCGCCUUCUGCAACAUCUUCCCCGCUCUUGUUGCGAAACUGGGAUGGCCAUAUCUUCUCAAGGGAAGGAUCCGCUAUGCACGCCGGCUUAUGGGCUGCACCGCAAUUAGUGUAGGGGGGAUGCUGGUCGUCUCGCUGUCCGAUGGUUUAUAUAUGCGCCUUUUAGGUAUCUGCAUGGCGUCGUUCUCGUCAGGCCUGGGCGAAUUGACGUUCUUGCAACUUUCGACCGGGUACCACCCACCGUCUGUCGCCGGGCACAGCGUGGGAUACUUCGCUUCAGGAACGGGUGGAGCGGGUCUUGUGGGUGCAUUCCUCUGGUGGGAGCUUCGAGGCUUGGGGGUCCGUCUCGGUGUCGGACUGUCUUCGAUUCUACCCUUCAUUAUCCCUAUCACAUACUACUUCAUCCUCCCUCGUCCCCACCAAUUUGCCGUUGGUGCUUCCGACGACGACGACGCCGAUGGAGCGCCUCUUUCUGCAUCCUACACACGUCUCCCAAACGAAGAAGACCCCGAUAUCCCUAUCACUGAGCCGGAAGCCAACGUGACUGCCAUGAUUGCUCUUACAUUUCAAGACAAGUGGAGGCUCGCGAAGCCUAUGCUUACGAGAUAUAUGCUCCCUCUAUUCUGUGUGUAUAUGUUUGAAUAUACCAUAAACCAGGGUAUCGCGCCGACCUUGGUUUACCCCGUCCCCUCACCGGACGUACACUGGCUAAUGAGUCGGAUAAUCAAGUCUUUACGCGAUUACUACCCCCUGUGGCAGCUCGUCUAUCAAACCACCGUCUUCCUCUCCCGCUCCUCCAUCACGUUUGGCCUAUCCCCGCUUCCCGAAAGGCUGCUCUCCCUCCCGGCGAUCGUCCAAGGCAUCAUCCUCACCGUUCUCACCAUCGAGUCGGCGGUUGGCAUAUUCGGCGACGACCACGAAGGCAUCAGCUUCGCGUUCGUGUUCCUCCUCAUCAGCCUCGAGGGCAUCUGUGGUGGACUGGCAUAUGUCAACGUCUUCUACCGCAUCAACCAAGAGAAGCACGACACGCACGGCGCACACCCAGAGCGGGCCAAGCAAGAACGCGAGUUCAAGAUCGGCUCCAUCGGCCUGGCGGACAGCGCCGGCAUCCUCGCCGCGUCGCUGCUCGCGGUCCCGACGGAGAUCGAGCUGUGCAGGGUGCAGGUCGCGAGGGGGAAGACGUUCUGCCAGAGCCUGUAG